UGAGGACAUUCAAGGCUUUGGCCAGCAAGGCCACGAUGCCCCCUCCAACAACCUCAUUCUGGAAGCAGAGCUGGGCGAGAGUCUAUGGUUCUGUGUUUGCACAGACAGUAUCCUCUGCCACUGAGCAUGGGCAGCACCACACCCAACAGGUGCUGGACACAGGGGAGCAGGUGAUGGUCCCUGUGGAGGUCCUGGAAGCACAGAACCGGGGGGCACUCUGGCAGUUCCUGCUGUGUGGAGCCAUGGCCGGGGCUGUGUCUCGCACGGGGACAGCACCGCUGGACAGGGCCAAGGUCUUCAUGCAGGUGUACUCCUCCAAGAAACACCUGCUGAACCUCCAGGGCGGCCUGCGGAGCCUGGUCCAGGAGGGUGGGCUGCGCUCACUCUGGAGGGGCAACGGCAUAAAUGUCAUCAAAAUCGCCCCAGAAUAUGCAGUGAAAUUUUCUGUUUUUGAGAAGGUGUGGGGACCCUCUGCUCCCCCAGCCCCACCCUCCACACUCCCUCCUUGCCCUGCCCAGAUUUCACACCCUUUCCUGGACCCACAGUUUCCCUGGGGUGGGGUGGAGGCAGGCCUCUCUCUGCCUCCCCUGGAGACACUGCUGGCACAGAGGUGGGGGCUGCCCAGUGUUUCUCUCCAGUGUGUAUCCUUCCUGCCCCAGGUGAAGGACUCCCUUUGUGUGGAGCCCACGGCUCCCUCCAUGGAGGAGCACCUUCUGGCCAGCUCCCUGGCUGUGGCCACCUCACAGUCGCUCAUCAACCCCUUGGAGGUGCUGAAGACCCGGCUCACCCUGGGAUGGACCGGCCAGUACACAGGGUUUGGGGACUGUGCCCGCAAGAUCUGGAGGCAGGAGGGACCCCACGCCUUCUACCGUGGCUACCUGCCCAACAUGAUUGGCAUAGUACCCUAUGCCAUCACCGAGCUGGCGGUAUACGAGCUGAUCCAGCGUGUAUGGAAGAAGCCGGGCAAGGACACAGAAGAGCCUGGGGGCCUGGUCAACCUAACGUCUUUCACCCUCUCCACCACCUGUGGGCAGAUUGCUAGCUACCCCUUUACCCUCAUUAGAACUAGGAUGCAGGCCCAAGGUCAGUCUGGCCUCUGGUCAGGCACCAGUUGAACCCUCU